CGACCCCGGCCGCUUUCGCCAUGGCCGAGUUCGUGCUGCCGCGGCACAGCGCCGUGGUGGAGCGGCUCCGCAAGCGUAUCGAGCUGUGCCGCCGGCACCACACGGCCUGCGAGGCGCGCUACCAGCGGGCCUCGGCCGAGCGCCUGGAGAUGGAGCGCCAGCACAGCCUGGCCCUGCACCAGCGCUGCCUGCAGGCCAAGAGCAAGCGGGCCGGCAAGCAGCGGCCUCCCCAGCCUCAGCCCCAGCCUCAGCCUCAGCCUCAGCCCCCGCCGCCUCCUCCUCCUCCUGCUCUUCCUCCAGCCGCACAGCAGGACUCGCAGGCCGGCUUCAGGAACAACAACAACAACAACCACCCCGGGGCCGCAGCCAGCAGCGCCGACUCUCCUCCAGAAGCUGGGAGCGGGGAUCAAAGCAGGACAAGCACGCUGCAGGCGAUUCAGGAGAAGGUGAAGAAGAAACUAAUAGUUGAUGGUUCGUCUUUGAAUGGAGAUCAACAAAAUGGAUUUGGAGAUGGGAGCUAUUCAGGGACCAAGAAGCUCCGAUUGAAUGGAGAAGAUGCAUCAGGACUGCUUGCAGUUAAUGCAUCCUCUAAUGGCAUGCCACAAAUGUCCCCAUUGCACCACCGAGACAAAAGAACUGUCAUCAGGGACAAUGUGCAAAGCAAUGGGAACCAUUCCAUUGCCUUAGACAACAUCAAGAAGGAAGGUCUUCCUGAUUCCAGUGUGCAGAUGAAUGGGAGUUGUGAUGGUGGUGAUGGGUUUACUCUUAUUAAAGAACUUAAGCAGGAGUCUCUGUUGGAUUUGGCUGGUAUGAACCCAGCAGGCACCUCGCUCUCCCAGAACAACAUGUUCCCAGAUAUCAAUUUGAAUGAACAAGAAUGGCAGGAAUUGUUUGAUGAGCUGAACCGAUCUGUGCCGGACCAAGAUAUACAGGAUCUCUUCAAUGAGGACUUUGAAGAAAAGAAGGAUAUUGAACCUGCUGGUUCUUCUGAUCAAACAACCUUACCGGACAACAUCAUUAUAAAGACUGAGAUUUCACCAUCCCACUUUGAACAUGAACAAAUGGGAUCUCCGCAAACGAGACCAUCUCCAUCAGGACCUUCAUUUUCAAGUGUAUCUGUGGCUCCUGUUAAUACUGCCCCUUCAGUGACUGGUAUGUCCCAGGCUAUGGCACAAGCUUCAGGCCCAACUCCAGUUUCCACAAGGCCUGUGUCUAGUGUUCUGUUGCCUGGGAAGGCAGGGCCAUCUGUGGAACGGUCUCAUUCACAGCAACUUCAGCAGAUGGCAGCUAAACAGAAGCAGAGAGCACAACUGAUGCAGAAGCAGCAAGUGCAGCACCCCUCACCCAAUCAGGCACCAAACUGGUCAGCAGCACCUACCCAAAGUUCUCUUGGUGGACCCUACAGCCUCGAUAAGCCCAGCAGUCCUUCACUGUAUGCACAAGACUUCAACCAGAAGCUUCCAAUGGCCAGCAUGCCGCCAAAGAGCUCUCCAAAAGCUGGUGGUAACUACCUCCAGCCAAAUCACAUUGCCAUGUUGAGUCACCAGCCUAAUGCUAUGGGUCAAAGUUCCACAAACAGCCAGGCUCCUCUGCUAAGUUAUGCCAACACUAAACGGUUGACUCAUUUUGAAAUGGAUAAUAGUCAAAGGGUUAUGCCACCCAGCCACAACAAAGCUGCAAUGUUUGCCUAUGUACGGCAGCAGCAGACACUUUCCCAUCUCAGUGAUGAGCAGAAACGAAUGCUGAUGAAACAGAAGGAGCUUCCCCAGGCUGCUGUUACAUACAGGCCCCUUCUGCAACACAAUCAGGAUCAAAACCCAGGAACUGUCACCAGAGCAUCAAACUCUGUUCAGGGAUCAGGUCCAGGGACUCAACUUCCGCCUGUUUCUAUCGCUGGUAACCAUGGAAAUGCUGCAUACCUUGGUAACCAACAGCAAGCUGCUGCCAUGAAACAGCAGCAACUUCUGAUGGAUCAACAGAAGCAACGAGAACAGCAAUUACAGUUGAUGGAGCAGCAGAAGCAGCAAUACUUGCAGAGACAACUUCUGGCAGAGCGGGAGAAGCAGAGGAAACAGCAGGAACAACAGUUGCAGAGGCACCUCACCAGGCCUCCACCUCAAUAUCAAGAUCAGCAGCAAAACCCGUAUCGUGUUGAGCAGGUCAGCCAGUUUCAGGGUUCCCCUCAAGUUCUUCCAGCGGUUGGAAAUCUGGCUACUACGAAUGCUAGCAGCUCACGAUUGUUCUCUCAGAAUCAAAACAUGAUCCAGAUCGGGCAAAGCCAGAGUUCUGUCUCCUCCAGUAGCUCUGCUGCUGGCCAGUCAGAGCUAGGAGUGGCUCAGUACGGUAAUAUGCACAAUGUCCAACAGGGAAUAUACAAUGUGGGGUCAAAUAUGAACCAAAUGCUUCCACAUUCUGCCCAGGGCACAAUUGGAAAUGGGCAGCAUUCAAAUCAGUUGCAGAGACAGCCUAGUAUGGCACAAGGAGCUUCCAUGGUAACGGGCUACAGUCAGAAUCACCUCAGCAGCUCGACCCUUGCACAACAGCAACACAACAAAGGAACUGUGAGCCAGGCUGUAUCAAAGACCCACUUGCAGAGGUUACCAGGUGCUGUGGCAAACCAAAAUCCAACAUGGCAGCAUCGACCCUUGCAAAGCAUGAAUAACCAAAACCAAACAAACAGCAAUCUAGUAGCAUUCAGCAGUACCUCAACUUUCCAUGUACGGCCAUCUCGCCCCAAAUUUUCCAGCCAGCAGUUUGUGCAGGGGAUUCCCCGGGCGGGUCUCACUGCAGUCAGACCAGUGGGAUCCAUCAACUCAACUGUUGGUGGCCAAGUGAUGCCUACAUUAGGUGGUCCUCUGACACGGACAAACCAGCCCUCACAGCAGACUGUCCCUAGUUUAAACCAGCCCAUUCCAGACAUGACAAGCUUUGCUUCCAGCCAGCAAAUGGCUACAAGGAACAGCCUCCAAUGCAACCAGGUUUACCAGGUAAGAAGCACCAGCCAGGAACUACCUUUUAGCUACGGUAACCAGCCUGGUGGUAACAUGAUUCAGGGGUUACCUGGAGAUACAGACCUGAUGGACUCUCUAUUGAAAAACAGGACUACAGAGGAAUGGAUAAUCGAUUUGGACGAGCUUCUGGGAUCACACCACUGAAGGACAGCUCACUAAACUUGUGUGGAAUCAGUGGGAAUAAGUGUAAUUUUCGAACUUUUUAUAUAAACAAAAUGGGACCAAAAAUAAAACUGUAACAAAACCCCUGUGGGACAUGACAGGUAAAAAUGUAUGGUUGGGAACAUUUUUAUGAGCAAGUUUGAAAAAAAUUACUAUUUUACGGUCAAAUCAGAUGACAAAACUUUUAUAUUUUAAAAAAAAAAAUUUUUUAAAAAGUUCCUUUUAUUAUACACUGGUUGUCCCAUACAGGGAAAUCAGAUCACUUCUUUGAGCAACCUUCUCUGCACCCUAUAGGCUUUUAAUCCCAAGCUUGCAGCAUUAUAAGUAAUGGAAAUGGAGAUUUCUGGAAGUAUACAGCAAGGGUGGUCAAUGUUUAUAAAAAGAGAAGACUUGUGAAUCCAAUGAAGAGUACAUAAUUGAAAGAUCAAUCUCUCUUCCCUGAUGCUGGUUGGCCUUUUGUCCAUUUCAAGAGUUUCCAUUUUAUUUCAGGUUUUCCUGCUUUACCUUUUUGUUACAUUUCAGUCCGCACUUUAUAAUUUGUCAUUUCCUUUACUUUUCUUAGUUUUGGGAGUCUCCUGCUCUGGCCAUCCAGUUACUUUUCGCAAAAGAAAAGUGUUCUAUAAAGUCACUGCUGGAGUUAACCACAUGUUUAAGAAUUGGAAAAACUAUUCACUUUCUACUGAUGUCCCUGGCUCGCGUUUUGCUGAGUUCUUUUGUCUUGUUUCUAUGAUGCUCUUUGAGUUGAAUCAUAGAUAUUUACAGUGCAGAAGGAGGCAAUCCGGCCUAUCAUGUCUGUGCCAAAAAUGACAAUCCAUCCAACCCAGUCCCACUUCCCGACUGUUGAUCCAUGGCCUUGUAGGUUACUUGCUAACAUGUAAUCUCUGUGUACGUUGCCUGACUCUGAGCUUAUUUAAUUUUCUUUCCUCUUCACGUUCUUUAUAUAUGGCUUUCCAGCCAAGUUCAGCAUGAGGAUUUCUUAUGAAUUACUCAUUACAAAAUUAUCAAUAAUAAAAACAGAAAAUGCUGGAAAAACUCAGGUCUAGCAACAUCUAUGGAGAGAGAAACAGUGUUAACAUUUCGAGUCCAAUAUGACUCCCCCAAUUUUCUGUUAUAAUUUCAGAUUUCCAGCAUCUGUAGUAUUUUAUUUUUAUGACAAAAUUAUCAUUUGUCUUAUUUCACUUUUUAUUGCCUAUCCCUAGUAGUCCUCGAGUAAUAUGCUAGGCCACUUUGGAGGGCAGUUAAGAGCCAAACUUGUUGGUGUGGGACUGGAGUCCGUGUAAGAACAAGUUUCCUUCUCUAAAAUACGUUAUUGAACCAAUGUUUCAGACAAUCUGACGAUUUCACAGUCGCUUACCAGAUUUUGAAAUUUAUUUCCACCGCCUUUUUUUUAAAGAAGUGAAUUCAAAUUUUCAAGCUGCUCACAAGAUUUGAACUCGUAUUUUCUAGACUUAUUAGUCUGGUAACAAUUUAUUACACCACUGUACCCCGCAGAAAUAAUCACUGUUCUCUUUCUCACAAUAGGAGACAAGAGAUGCUACUGCAUUUAGCAUGUUAUUAAAUUACAAAUGCAACAGAUCUGCAUUGCUGUAUUGAACAAUAUUUUGCACUUUACUUUUUUUUGUCUUGUUUCACCCCCCAUAGAAUCUGGGCAGGAGGGGGCAACAUGACAAGUUGUUGUAUGUAAAGGCACUUGUGCACGCGGGUCUUAUUUGGGCCUAUAGUCAAUCAAUUGAAUAAACUCCAUUGAAAUAUUUCAGAAUCCUGACAAGACUGGGCUCAGACUUUUACAAGUAGUUUGAAAGCCGGAAAAAGAUAAUUGCACUAUGCAUCCAGCACCUGUUUCAUGCUCACUUUAUGUUGUCCGGGCACUGAGAGAGCAGUGUUAAAAGGGAGAUCUGCCAUCUACCAGUGCCCUACACUUGCUGUCUUUUCAAACGUACUGUCUGUCCCUUUGGAGGCUCGCGUCACAUCUGCCUCUUAACUCAUGAAAAUUUAUGCCCCAGAUGCAUUCAAGGGGAUAGAAUCUGUGUAUUUUUCACUUGUCUGGUGCAGAUGUAGGCCGUAGGUUAUCAGAAUAAAACGGCCAGAUAAAAAAUGAAAAUCAGCCAUUCACUGUCCCAACCAUCCAUUUCCUCAGUCCAUGGUUGAAAUGUUCUGUGGCAAAUUCACUGCCUUCCAAUCAUGGUGCUUGCAGUAUCUUUACAUUUAAGUCAGUCAGAUUGUGUGUGUGUGUGUGUUAUGUAUGUAUGUGUGUGCGCGUGUGUGCGUGCGUGUUUAUAUAAAUGUUUACAUUUUUAUAAAAGAAAAAUUGAUAAAAGUAUUUAGUUCCUUGUCUGUAAUAUAUUUUUGCAUUUUAUAGUUUUAAAAAACUGCAUUUCUUGGUAUGAUUUUUGUAAGUCUUAACUCUGCACUUGAUUGUAUUGACUUUACUCGCUCUAACCUUCAUUUUAUAUUCAGCUGUAAUGUCAGACUUUAAGUCCACAUCAUUAGAGCUAUUAAAGUGCAGUUCUGGUGGAAAAUAACCUAUGGCCAAAUCUGGUUUUAAAGUCACUCUCACCU